GUCCCUGUGCAAUGCUAUAGACUUACCACAAAAUGUCAACACGUUCGCCAAAUAACGUUACAAGCUACAAUCCCGGCAUACUACAUUUGUACUUUGACUCGGCCAAAAUUCAGUUCUACUGUUGAGAUUUCUUCAAAACAAUGGCCGUAGCUUCAGUCAAAUCCGUGCUGGGUACAAUCAGCCGAGGGCACCUGGAAUGCCCGAUUUGUUGUUGUCGUUACACCGAUCCCAAGAUACUGGAUUGUCUGCACAGCUUCUGCCUGAACUGCCUGGAAGAACUCACCGGCAGACAGCAAGCCAAGGCAGACCAUAUCACUUGCCCCGUUUGCAGACAGGAAACUGCAGUACCAGACACCGGAUUACAAGGUCUGCCCACCUGCUUUUUCCUGAGUUCCCUCGUCGAUGAAAUCAACAAGCAAGAACGACUUCUUGGAAAGGCGUCUGGAGAUCGUCUUACUUGUGAGGAAUGUGAUGAGGGUCUAGAAGCCGUCUCUCGGUGUGUAGACUGCAAUAAAGUCAUCUGCAUAAAAUGUCAAGAAGCCCAUGAACGCUUGAAAUCCAUGAAAAACCACAGGAUCGUCAGACAACUAGGACAAAUGUGGCCAGAGAUUACUCCAGCAGACCUCAGAAAAGAUGCAGCUCCGCUAUGUACCAAACACAAGAACCAGGAACUGUGCUUCUACUGCGAGACAUGCCAGACGUUGGCUUGUGGAAAAUGUGCUGCAUUAGACCAUCGAACAGCAGAGCAUGAAUACAGGGAUGUUGCUGAUGCAAUUCGGUCUUUUCGUGAAGAUGUCGAUAAAAUUCUGGAGCAAUGGGAACAAAGCAAAGAGGAAUUCAGAACUGCUGACGACUCAUUCCAACAUGCAAGAAACAGGUUGGGAAUCAUGGCCGACCGAGCUUGUAGAGACAUUACCGCCAAAGAGGAAGAAGAAAUUGCCAAGAUUAAAAACAAAUCCCGCUUACUAAGAGAUAAAGUAAGACAAAUCAAAGAACAACGAGACAAGAAGUUUGAGGGGGAUCAGAAAAGCAACCGUGACCAGAUCAACCGAGCUGAGCAAAUCGUAGCGACAGUCAACGACCUGAUGCAGCAAGCUGACGACUUUGAGCUUUUAGACCUAAAACCCAAGGUGAUGCACAACUUACAAUUCCAAAAAGGACUCGAGCUUGGAGAGGUAAAGCAUGACCUUUCAUUCAUCGGGGUCAAAUGCCAUGAUGUCGUGAAGAAGUUAGAUAUCGGUGAAAUACUUCCAGAGGAGAAAUGGCAACUGAAUUUGGAGUUUGGAAGAGAAGAAUGGGAAGAUGGAGAAAUGCAUUGUGUUGCAGACGUUGCUUUUCUGAGUAGUGGCGACAUUUCAGCAACAGACACAAAGAAGGAACAGGUAAUGAUUUUUAAUUCAACUGGUGAGUAUAUAACAAUUGUAAGUCGCAGAGAAUUAGAAAAACCCCAGGGCAUUGCUACGACCUCCGAUGACCUGCUUCUGGUGUGUGAUGGAAAACACGUGAAAGUGUUCGACUCCAGUCUUGAAUUCGUUCGGCAGUUUUCACCGGCACAGGAAGAUACGGAAGGUUAUGCUGAGAGCGACCUUGGCGGUAUCGCCGUGGACAAGGAGAAUCGCAUUGCUGUAGCAGACUAUGGCAGAAAGUUGAUAUCUCUCCACAACCUGGAUGGGUCCUUGAUUUCAAUCAUCGAGCAUCACCUGGUUGAUUGGGAUUUAGCUGUUGGCGUUCAGGAACGGCUUAUCUUCACAAACUACGACGAGAAUGUAUUGAUUUGCACGACCUACGCAGGAAAAGAAAUAUUCACUAUUAGCACCUUAUUUGACGGGGAACCUGCGCGGCCUUUAGGCGUGUGCUGCGAUGAAGCUGGUGAUAUCUACGUCGUUGUUGAUACCAUGGCAACUAGAGUUAGUAGAGUCCUUCAUUACACAGGUGAAGGCGUUUUCGUCGGGCAGGUGACUUACGGACUUAACUUCCCGGGCGGUUUGACAUUUUCUCCCAGCGGAGAUCUAGUGGUAGUUGACAUGAACUCUGUCCGGAUCUAUCAGCAGGUGUGAGCUUGAUCAGGUUUGAUAAUUUCAUAAUUGUGGUCACAGCACUGUGGUCUGAAAUUUGAAAGAUUAUAGAUAGGUUUCGCGGUUGUGUCUUUUCACCGACCAAAUCAGAGGUAAACUUCGUUUGACACGAUUUUUUUUAUCACCAAAGAGAGUAAAUUAAUGUUUCAAUGUGAAAUUUAUUUGUCACUGUUUGGAAUAACCUCCUGAGCGUAGUUUAAGCAGCAAAUUUCUCAAAUCAAAUUUUGCUACCAGCAGACUGGAUUAAAAUAUUUGUGGUGCUUCAGUAUCAUGUGACCUCUACCAAAGACCUGUACUCAGGAAGGGGAUCGAGGAACGGACUGUAACCUUUGGGGGGAAUGGGAGGUUCGUUUUCUUUUUGUCAAAAUUUAAAGCCGGAAUAUGUUCUGUUUUACGCAAUUGGUUUUUUUCUAUGAGACGCUCACCAACGGUUUGUACGGACAACACCUUUGAAGAACAGCAACGGAUCACAAGGAUCAAAAAUAAAUCUCGCCUGCUCAUAGCAAAAGUGGAACAACUAGGAGAAAACAGCAAGAGGAAAUUUGAGGAAGUCGAAAACCGCAACUGUGACAAAUUGAAGGAAGCUCAACAAGUAGAGACCUGAUGCAGCAAGCUGACGAAUUUACAAUUCCAAGAGGCACUCCAACUGGAACAAGCACAGCAUGACCUUUCCUUCAUCACUCUGGAAUGCCACAAUAUUGUGAGCGUUUCAGACAUCGGUGAGGUACUCGAGCAGGAGGAGUGGAAAGCGUUGGACGUGUUUGGUAAGUUUGAGUUCGCUUCGGACGUUGCUUGUCUAAGCAACGGUGAUGUCGUCAUAAUAGACACAGAAAUCAUGGAAAUUAUGAUUUUCACCUCGGAUGGUCGGGAGUGCACACAUGAGACAACUGUUGAUAACAAAACUACGAAAACCCUAGGUUAUUGCUGUGACCUGCAACGACAUGCUUCUGGUGACUGAUGGAAACACGUGAAAGUGCUCGACUCCAAUAUGGAAUUAGCUCACCAGUUCCUUCCUAUACAGGAAGACGAAGAAGGCUGUGCAGGUUAUGGUAUCGGUGAUAUCGCCGUGGACAGGGAAAAUCGGAUUGUGAUAGCACAUCCCGGUAGAGGGCUCAUAACUCUCCACAACCUGGAUGGGUCUUUGAUUACAACCAUCUCACAUGACAAGGUUGGUCUAAGUUUGGCGGUCGGCGUUGAGAAUCGCUUGAUCUUUAUCAAUUCCCUGGGAUUUUCGCUGACUUGCAUUACCUACUCAGGAGAUGAACUAUUCAGCAUCCACACUACACUUGACGGUGAACCUCGAGAUCCAUCUGAUGUUUGCUGUGACGAUGCUGGUGACAUUUACGUUAUCGUUUCUGAAUCGAUUUGUCAUUAUUCGCCUGAAGGCGUUCUCAUUGGGCGCACAACUGCACAUCUUUUGCUUCCCCUUGAAUUGACAUUCGCUCCGUGCGGGGAUCUGGUGGUAGCUGACCAGCUGUCCGUCAAGAUCUUGAAAUGGGUGUGACAGGGAGGCAUUUCUACUUGUAGCUCUGAGCUUAACUGGCAAUAACUUAACCCUAAAACAGUCGUGCCCCUUCGUUAAGAACUCGGCCGUCCUACUUUUGACCUUCCCUGCAACCUUGCAUGCAUGUAAAACACUUAUUGUCAGCACAACAGAGUUUAGUGUUUUGAUGUUAUAGCCAUGCUAAGUUCAUGGCCACGCGUUUUUCACUCCAGCUACAUUGAGCACGUAAACAGAAAAGUUCAAAAACGGUCUUAGAGAAACAAUUCAUGAACUUAUCGUAUGUGUACAAAAUUGAUAUCAAACUGGCCGCAAGACGUUACCAGGAUCUCUUUUAGGUUCGGUGCAUGAAACAAACUGAACUGUGACCAUGGAGCAUGUCAAGAGGGGUGGAUCCAUCCCUUCACCCUUUCAGAGGUAAACUGUCUACACCAUAUUAAACCAUUUGUGCAAAUUUUAUACCUUUCAUCCGUUUAUGAAAACUGACGUCCCUUUGGAGUUAAGUGUGUUUUAACGAAUGGGUUUUAGAAUAAUUUUAAGACCCUGUUGCUGAGGUUUAGCCUUAGGAAUACCUUGCUUAAUCAGUAAGAGUUUCAUAUCAUAACGCAUUUCCAUAAAACAGAAAACUGUAAGUGGAAACAUCAGUGCUGCGAGUGGACUAUUAAAGAUAUUCCUCAAAAAAUCCGACAUUUUUAAUAUCAAUAAACUGUUCAGAAAGUUAAUAAGAGGAAGAAGGAGUCGGUAAAGACCUCUUGAAAUUGCAAUAAGGCUGCAAUCCACUAAUACUUACGUUUAAGCCGUGUCCGUUGCUGGCUUCUGGGGUUACGGCUAAGUUUAUUGUCGGCAGUUGUUUGGUUGUUUUCAAUACGGCGUUGCACAAUACUGCAUGCGCAUCCAAGAGUUUGCAAGGCCUUGGCCAAUCACAGUGUGCUAAACCUGUCGACUCAAUGCGCAUUGGGAAGGGUGGACAGAUUUCGCGUCUUGUGAUUGGUCAAUGCGUUGCAUAAUCAUAGAUGCACACUACUGGUGUCGUGAUUCGCCCAUGUUGAAUGGAGACCGAAACCAAGCAUGUAGGCAACAGGUUCGGAUGCAGCUGAUGAUAGCACGUACCUGCACAAGACGCCUGGUUCCAACAGUCUCUAUAUUCAACAGUGUCUCCGAUGCAGGAGUCUGGGGUAUGUACUGAGCCUGCGCACUCCCUAGAUCUGUUCCGCCUGCCCUGGCCACAUGACGUCGAGCACGGACUCCAGUCGGACCAAUCAGACCAUUUUGCUGUAUACAUCAUAUAAACACAGCAAUUUCAUUAUCAUCAAUUUACUCGAAUGAAAUGUCAGUCAAUAUAAAUAAGAUGCUUAUUUAAAGGGUCGUACGAAGGUACAGAAUUGGAGUGUGUAGAAGUGUCGUGCAUUCUUUAGAUUCAAUUCUAUUUUGUGUAGUUUUCUUCUUUUGAUUUUCCAGAGAUUACCAAUGCAGUAACAGCUUGUAUGUUUGAUACUGAAAUCGAUGGUAUGUGACAUCAUAAUCUUGACUGAUUUUGCUGCGCACAGUGUAGUAAAGCAGCUUAAUUAUCAUCGAUUUACUGGAACAUGCCAUGUCAGCCAAUUAUGAGAAAAAUAAGGAAGGAUGGCGAGGAAGGGGCAAUUGCAUUAUUUGUAGUACUGUUCUGUUGAUUCCUUUUAUGUCGAUUUUCUAGAUUAAAUUUGACCAAUGUAGCAACUAAGUAUCUUAGCAACUGAGGUUGAUGUUUGUGUGAUGUCAGCUGAUUUUGUAAUGAAUCCAUUUACCCAUCAUUCCUUUAUAUCAAUAAUAUCAAUAAGCCACUACGGAAAAAGUCCUUGUAAAGACUCUGGUGCUAAAAUCAGCACGUUUUGGUGUUAUCAAAUGACCACACCAAUAUAAUUAAAGUGUUGAGGGCGUUUAAAGCAACACCAAAUAACACCAACAUUUUAAAACCAGUGAAAAGUGUUGGUGUUGUCCUCUGAUGAUACUGGGGUGUUAAACUUGACACCCCAGUUUUUGCAGUUGAUGGGUAAGGGCCUUAUUGAAGAUAGAACUGGGGUAUAGUAGUCAUGUAGAGCCUUUAGAUUUUUCCAGAUGAAGCUUUACUAGUAUGGCACUUGUAUAUUGCACACUAGGGUUGAUAUUAUGUGACGUCACUUCAAAUUUGAGUCAUGCGCAGUUGUCUUUCAAAGGAAACAAAUAACAACCAAAUAACAAUUCAUUAAUUUUGGCCUUUAUCGACAGCGUAUAAACAUGUGCAAAGAAUUAAAAGUUCAUUGCAAAUUGAUGUCAGUCAACACUUAAAUAGAUAAAUAAUCUAAAAUAUGUGGUUCAUUAUCUGUAAACGGUUUAAGUGAGGUUUUAUGUCUGUCAUGUUCUCAUGUGAUAAUUGUAAGUUUUGUGACAGCAAGAAGUAACUUGUGGUGUCAUGGGCACGACAGACUCUUGUUUAGAUGACGUGGGUGUAAUUAAAGCCCUAAUGUGAACCUAUGUGAAUGUGAACUGACUGAUUGGAACUGAUUAUAGUGAAUAUCAUUAUUACCGAAAAUAGGUCACUUGGCAGACAUUCCCAUUAGAACGUACACAAAUUUUACUGUCUCAUAAUUAAAUAUUCUCAUAAUUAAAUAUUCCCGAAUCUGAUCUGAACCAAACUUCAUAUGUUUUCAAGAUUUGGACAAAAAAAUCGGCCUCCUCCUGGUAGAUGGGGCAUUAGGGGGACAUUGAAAUGUCUCCCUAAUUACCGAUGUCUCCCUAAGGUCGAAAAAUUUACCACAAAAUGUUUCCCUAAUGACCCAUUUGUAAGAAUUAAAGACAGUCUUCCUGUACUGUGAAAACGUU